UAAAGAUUGGACAUAACCGCCACACUUCAGGGACUGAAAGUGAGCGAGAGAUCGAGUUUAACCUCUAUCACAGACUGCAGGUAACACAAGUGAACCCAGUGGCUGCUCUGACUAAGUUCCUGCUCGGUUUGUUUAUUCCGGUGUAUAUUCUGUCAAGAAGUCAUGAAGACCCCAUUUUGGACCUUGUUACUCUUAAGCUUGUGCGUCUCGGGUCAUAGUAACUGCCAAGGGGACUGUUUAACCUGUGGACUCCUCCUACCUGAACAUCAAGCAUUUAAUACAUUGGUAUGUAUCUUAGAAUGUGAGGACCAGGCAUCCCCAGCCUUGACUUGGGAUUUGUGUUACCAAGCAGCGGGUCUGAACCAGUUUCCCCUACCAUUACAGCAGAAGGAAACAUCAAAGCGCUCUGAGAAUGAAGUGGAGCCUCUGGCCACAGUGAGCAUAGAGAAUGAUAAUGGUGUGGAGUAUACCGAGGCUUUGGAACGGUUUCGACACGCAGCGCAAGCUCUCGGCAGCCAGCAGCCUUCAGAGGAGGAGACCUCACAGAUACUCGGAAUUUCAUAUGAUCCAGAUCUUGACCCUGGGACAGAGCAGGAACAGGAUGGUGUUGAUAUGGGAGAGGAGAAGAGUGGCGAGGCGGCCGUCAGUUUAUCCAAACGAUUCGGAGGCUUUAUGAAAGGCCGCCAUGGGUUCCGAAAGUUGGUGAGCUCUGGAAGGUCUUUGCAGAAACGCUAUGGUGGUUUCAUAGGGAUCCGGAAGUCUGCCCGCAAGUGGAACAACCAGAAGCGUGUGAGUCAAUUACUGAGGCAGUACCUGAGCUUGACAGGCCGCUCAGGUCGAUCGGGCCGCAUCUCUGCCAGAAACCGAAGACAGAAUGAAGUGUAGUACAGCCUCUGGUCUUUUCACUUACCUCAACUCGACUGCUCAUCAGCCAUCAGUAACUGUGACCAUCUAUCAUGCACCACAGCCGAUAACAAGAUAAAUCUGUGUUUAAUGACCAAACAAGGGGAAUAUUUUUCAUGACAUUUCCAUGGUGCCGUUCCUGACAUAAAUCAUUAUUAGGCUAAAUGUUGCU